GCACAGCGUGGAGGGGAUGACGUACGAUCCCCGCUUGGUGCUCUUCGAGUUCGUCGCCGGGCUGGUCCUGCGCAAGAAGCAGGUGGAGCUCGUGAGGGCGAUGCAGGCGGCUGUUGAGGGAAAGACAACCGUCGUAUCGCCACUGACCAUCCUGGUUCAUGGCACUUCGACAAGGGCCUGUGUCGUUUGCUGCCCGUCGGCCCUCCUGGAGUUCACCUGCAAAGUGCUGCGGGAGCGCCUAUGUGGCGUGCUGUUUCGCCCGGUGGUGGAGUUCCACUUCACCCGCUCCACACCAGCAUGCGCAGGCAUCGCGUGCAGUCCUUUGUUCCGGACCGCUCACACUGCACGCCAUCGAUGUUGCUCAAAGCAAGGGCUUCCUCGGCUUCUCCAUGAAGUCGCUCCUCUCCUGGCCAAGCUUCUCUGGCAG